AUGUCUAUCAACCUUUGGGGCUCCGCCACGUCGGCCUGCACUCACAGAGUGCUAAUUACUCCCAAUGAGCUCGGCCUUAUGUACGACUUGACUCAAGUCAACCUCAUGAAGGGGGAACAUGAAUUUGGCGGGCCCUCUAGCUCGCUCGAUGCCAUCAUGAGUGGCAACCCGGUCAAGAUUGGGAACUUCGAGAAGGCCCUCAGUAUUGGCAACUCCUAUUUUGACCCAUCCGUCAAAAUUAUUGUGGCGGAGCUCGUGAACCUUCUCGAAGCAGAGAAGGCAACCGCAAUGUUCAUGGCCGGGCAUGAUUAUUAUGAAGACGUUCUUGACUCCGACGCUUACCUAGCGGGAAACACUAGUCUAAGUCGAUCGCAGAACUUCAGCCUUGCUGACGUCUACGUCUUCACCUGGAUGCCUUAUAUCAAGUUACUUGGCUUACACGACGAGAUUGCCGCUAGACCCAGACUUGAAAGUUUGUGGAAGCGAAUUUCGAGUCGCUCGUUCUGGAAAAGCGCUGUGAAAGACAUGCCGUAGUGGAAGCACCCCUCUAAACUUUUAGUCAUUUUUUCUAGCAAAUCCUGCUAGGGAUGGAAGUGACGGGGACUUCUGGUCUGGUAUACUUAAAGGUCGCGGUAUGGCCUCCUCGGAAGGCGGUCUUGGCGGGCAGAAUCGAAAAAGCACAGUCUAUCGCGCUAUGAUAAUUGGGUGCUGCCUGCCUAUUGGACGAAUUUCCCUGCAUAAAGCUCAGUAUCUGUCGCUUUCGCAAUGUUUGCUGGCCAACUUGAUUCCUCCUUUGGACUUUUGGACCACUACCUUGGCAACAUGUACUCAGAUACGGAUGGAAGUCCGAAAGGUCUUGACUGACGCAA